GGGUGAUAGUUGUUCCAACAGCGUGGGUAGCGCUAGCAGUGAUCUGUCCGAUAGUUGUAAUAGUCCUGGUCUGAGACAUGUAUAUAUACCCCCUAAACACUCUGUAUCUGGAAUUUCAAAUGAUAACUCACCGUCUCGCACAUUUGAUCCGGAUAGUGGACAUGGUGGUUCAUUCGAUUUGAAUCGAACACAACCUUCACCUCCGCCUAAUCGAUCGACCUCACACAGACUAAGUGAAGGGGACUAUAGUACAACUCAACAUCCUCAAAAUUCGCGUUCUGUCCAAAUCAACAGUCAUCUGUACGCUAAUAUGGAGUCCACUAAUGACAAUCAUGUAUAUCAUUCAGUCGAGGUUGGCUCUAACAAUGAAUUAGAACGUUCUGGCUCUAUCUCUGAAACUGUUGGUUCUACCGUUACCCCGACAAAGGCACAUAUCACUAAAGGAGGAACUGAAAGCUUUAGUCGGUUCUCUAUUACCUCUCGUAACGAUUCGGGUAUGGCCACUGAAACCUCCCGUUUAGCUUCUGUCGAAAUGAACUCUCCUCCGGACACAUCUUCUGUUGGUCAUUUUGCAACAUUGAAAACUACUCAGAUGAUGAGAGGUCUGUCUUUAGAAGCGGAUGCUUCAAAUUCAGCCGCUGCUGUUGCUCUUGGCUUCACACAACAGGGUUAUGGCAGGGGGAUGGCUAACUGGCGUGAUCAGAUGAAUGAGCUGAAACGACUUCGAAACCAACAUAAUAAGCAUCUAAAACAAGUGGAAGAUAAAAAUAAGGCUGAGGAGGAAUCGCUAAAAUCACGAUUAAACCGUGACUAUGAAGCGACUAAGCUAGCAAUGAGAAAAGAGUUCAUGAGGUUAGAAGAAAUUCAUGCUGGUGAAAUAGAAAAGGAGCGCAAAAGAGCAAUGUCAGUCGAAUCAAAAUUAGCACGUCAGCUUGAAACUGAGACAAAAACUGAACUAAAAUCGGCCAAAAAGUCUGCAAUUGGAUCUUUUAAUUCACAUGACUCUGAUCCCAAUGGACAUCCCAACCCCCUAGAGGCUAUUCGAAAGCGACGACAAGAUGUGUCUACAUUGGAAACGCGUAAAACGAAGCGUCUUCUACUAACACAGUUACAGGAUAUCGAGAUGGAACAAUUACGACAGUACAUACGCCUACAGCAGAAAGCAGCUGAAGAGAUUACUUCACUGUUACUGAGACAGCAUACAGAACUCGAAAAUUUAGAGAUUAACCAGUUAAAGCGGAUCCAAGACCUACGUAUUAAUCAACUACAAAGUCAACACGAAGCUGAGAUGGAAAAUUUGCAUCAGUAUUUUAAACGCAUUGAGAUAGGAUUACAAAAGAGACAUUGUGAAGAAACAAAGAAUCUACCAAAAUAUCUAAAGCAAAAAGAAUUACAAAUUCGUAAACAAUUUCGUGAUGCUGCUCGAAUUCAGAAAAAACAAUUCAAACUUUUACGUGAGGAGCGUUUAAAGGCUGCACGCCGAACUUCAGAGUUAGGAUCUUCACCUUUUUCAGGAGCGUCUGAAUCCUCCACUUCAUCUGCGCUAAUGUCAUCAAAUUCUAAUACUUGUUCAGAUUCUGCUGAUCUUCAAGGUCAACUCGUAAUACAUAUACAAGAUGAACGUCAGAUUUUAGAAAAUCUUAAAUUGGAGGAAAAACGUAAACAAGCCGAUUUGGAGGCACAAUAUAAUAAAAGCAUUAGUGAACUACACGAGCGUCAAAAUGGUAAAGUUGAAUCAUCACAUGCUCGCGAAAAUAAAGAAUUUAAAGAAAGUCGUUUAGAAGGAGUCAAAAUUCUUUCUAAUUUUCAAGAGAAACAACGACGUGAUAUGCUCAAACAGCAUCAGCACCAAAGAGAGGAUUUAGAAAAUAGAAUUCGUGCACGCAAAGAAUCAUUGGAAGCUGCAGUGCGUUGUCUGAUUUUAAUUUUACAUACAGUUGUCACAAAGUAUUUUGCUUUCUAUAUGCUCAGUUAAGGUUUCAUGGUUUAUGGGCUUACAGUUUUCGCUAGUAGCAGUUUUGAUCUCUGUUUCUUACAAGACUCAUAAAUUGCUAGUUCUUGAAACUUGACGGUUUAAAACAACCUACUAGUCUCUAAAUAACUUAAUGUGCAACAACUGAUCAUACUAAGUGGCAGGUGAAGAAAGGUUUGAAGCUUAUACAAUAUAUCAGUCAGUCAGUUACAACUUAGAACUAUGUACCUACGUAGAUAAGUUCAAGUUGCCAUACCAUAUUAACACAG